CCAUUAUAUUUGCGCAGGGCCGUCCAAUAGGGCGCAGUAUCGUCCCGACCGCCGUCGCGUGCAUACGUCGUACUUACCCGUGUCUGGACUUGUGAAACGCGCGUAGAACCACCGUCGCCGCCGCCGUCGCCGCCGUCGUCGCUGUCGCCGUCGUCGCCGUCGCCGUCGCCACCUCCCCCUCCCCGAGCGUCCACGUCCGGUGUCCCGGCGAGGGUGAGAUCCACGCGAGAGACGCGUACUCGUCCUCUCUCUCUCUCUCUCUCUCUCUCUCUCUCUCUCUUCUCUCUCUCUCUCUCUCUCUCUCUUUCCCACCGUCGUCCUCUCCCUCGCGUACGCCGUCUCCGUCUGUCUCCGUCUUCCCUCCCGUCUGUCCGUACCUCUCGAUCCGUAAUCUCUUCGCGCGCCGUACGUUCCGCAUCGUCCUACCCCCUCGCCGCGUCGUCGCAACUUUUACUCGCCCGCACGCAGUAUAAACAACAACGGGGAGCGCGAGAGUCCGCCCACGCACGAGGGUAGCAAGUGGAAAGUGUUGCGCUGCGACAAAAACGAAAGAGUCGGGGAUCGUUCGUCGGACUGUCAAAUUACCGCUGAGCGAGGAGCUGUACGUCCAAUUGGUGUCUUACUGACGGCUGAUUAUGAGGCUACUACAUUACGAGCAUGAUGCCUGCCCGGAUGAAGUUGACCAUUAUUGAACAACGUGAUCGUCUUCGAUGGACACAGUCGUAAAGUUUAGAACAUCGCGGCCAGCGCGUUGCCAGGCUUGAGGAGACGACGACAACGGAGGAAGCAGCUCGGCGGAGGAGGGCGUGAGAAGGGCUUCCCGAUCGACUCUACAUCGAUGGAGCCGUCCUGAUGCAGACCGCGGAACUACGCGGGGAUCACCCGGCCUGGUCGUCGGACUAAUUCCACCGGCGGGCCCCGGCGAUUUCACGGAGCAGCGAGCUAGGCCGCUCUCUCAUCCCCGUCGACGGCAACAGACCCAGCCACACUUCCACUUCCUCCACCCCACGUGGCCGCACCAUCACCUGAUAAGAGCUGGAGAAGCGGCCGCAGCCGCAGCCGCCUCGGAGCUCUGAGGAGCUGGAGGAUCUGCAUAAGCUGCUGCACUUCCCCGAGGAGGUGGCGCUCAGGUUGACGGAAAGCGAGUACCAGCUAUUCUACCAGGUACCACCGCACGAGUACCUAAGACACGUGGCGCAGGAUCAGACCACGUUGCAGAAACCACCUGCCAGGCCACCCCCGUCGCCGAGUCGCAGCUGCAGCAACCCCAGCACCGCCAACAGCUCGACCCAAACCGAGGACGAAUCGUCCUGGCCUGUUGCCACGGUGUACUCCACCGUGCAGAUCCUCAUCGAUCGUUUUAAUGAGGUAAGCUCAUGGGUCACCCACGCGAUCACCAGCGGUGCCACGGUAGAAGAACGGCAGGCGGUGCUGUCCUGCCUUCUACGCGUCGCGCUAACCUGUUGGAAUACCGGAAACUUUAAUUCAGCCAUGGAGAUAAUUGCCGGUCUAAAGUCCAACAAGCUGAAGCCGUUCUGGCAUGGCGUGAACGAGCGCAUACCGGUCAUGGAAUAUCUCUCCUCCGCCCUUCUGUCUUCCGAAUACGAUCGUGCGCUUGCUCGCGCCCUCGCGAUUCCGGAAUGCCCGGUGGUGCCAUUCUUCGGGGCCUUCCUGCGCGAGCUGCGGGAGGUUAUCGCGUGCGACGUAAAGCCCCAGCCCGAGUACAAGGAAAAUCGCGAGUCACCACGUGCUAGCGUUAAGGAGAGCGAACCUCAAGAACACGUGCCUUCCUCUGCGCCGGUCGCCAGGAUCGCCGUCGAGAGUAACACAGAGACGCCGUCGGGAUGGAGUUCGAGGAGUGCAUCCUUGAACAAACCGGAGAACCCCAUCGUACCAGCCAUCACACCGGCAGCCAUCGCGCCAGUUAUCGCACCAGCCCACGAUACAAAUUCCGUUCUCGACAAAGUCGCGCUCUUUCACAAGCAUCGACAUGCUCGUGGCAGAGACGCGACUACCGGUUCCCUUCAUCGCACCCUGAGCGUUCAUACGACCGCGAUCGAGCAAGCCUACAUGGCGGAGGAAUGCGACGAGAAUGACUAUCAUCUUGAUUUGGACUCCUACAAGCCCGUGCAGCCGCUCAAGAUCGACCACGGAGUCGCUUUGUUUCCCGUCGCCGCGCCACACACUGGCAUGGAUCUACAUCUCCUGCAGGUGCUGCACCACGGCACGACUUUGGUGCAUUGGGACUGCGAGGGUGGCACCUCGAGGACGGCGUUGGUGUUCGCGCGCGUCGAUCGCGCUUGCGGCACCUUCGUGUGGGAAAAGCCACCCUGGAGUCCGCUGAAAACGGCACAAGUUGGCGGUGCCGCUCUUACAGAGUUUUCGCUGAGCGCGAACCCGGAGGACGCGAUACCAGCGGGCCUAGUCGGCAGGUACACGCAGCAGCAGGCUGACUGCGCUUCUGUCACUCUCGAAGAGGGAUACCUCGACCUGGGAUCGGUGAAGGAGAUAAUGAUCGGCUGUUGCGACCGCGAUCGAGAGGCCGAUCUCAGGAGCAUCUGCAAGAGAUACGGCCUACCUGGCUCCGACUGCUGCAUCGGCCUCAUGUAUGGCUCCAAUCUUCCGGACAAUCGACUGAUCUUCCUACUUUGCCCCCCCGGCCUUAGCAAAAUAUGGUACAUGGGAUUGUGCUGGAUAUUGCGAGGCCUCAAAAGACAACAACAGCUAACAGACCGCAGAUCACGCUGGUUGAAAGAGAAAUAUCUCCAGUUGUACUUUUCUUACUUGGAACAGCCGAUGGAGGGCCUGGAGCAGCCGACGACAGCCGAUGCUAUUCGCAUUUUCGGCGGUCGCGACUGGUCCAUGACAGAGAGUGUCGGAACUCUGUCUCCGACGAGCAGUAGCACUCUACGCAGGCGAAACGUUAAAGGCAAAAAGACAAAGUCGAUUGGCAACAUUCACGCUUUAACAAAGGACCUGAGCAUAAAACAGUACGACACCUCGACCUCGGACGGAGGUCUGUGCGCCACACCUCUUCGUCACAUCGCGGGAAGCAGAGAGUCUUUAACGAGGAUCCUACCAGCGUCACCGAGAGCAAGCCGAGACCGAAUCCCGCCACGCAGCCCGCCCGGUGCUGGCGAUCGUAUCACCUCCACCUUGCCUUAUUCCACUUUUCAAAGUUUGUUGUGUGUCGCCAGAGAGAAAGACAAGAACGGAUCCGGUGGCAUACCCGUAGGCUUGGAGGCCCCUUGGCACAUGAAGGCGCGCACUACAUCGAUCAUGUACGAGACGCAGCUGAACUUUGUGGAAUUCGUCGCGCUCUUUCGAUCGUUCAGCUUGCGAGCCAGGAAAGAUCUGCGCGAUCUGUUCGGCCAGUUAGCGAUAACGUGCCGCAGCCAGAGUGACGGAUCGUUGAGGGACUUUAAUAUUCGUCCGGUGGUGCUCAGGCAGACCAGUGACGCCACCCCGCAAAGAAUCGGCUUGUUGACGAGAAACAACUCUAUCGACUGUCACGAAUACAAGACGGGCAGCAAUCUGCAAAAGAAGCAGAUCUUCGAUGCCGUCGCGGCUGCAAGCAUAGUCAAUAACUGCUCGGGCGUGGACACGUCCAAGUCCCAAGUGAUCACCCUGGCGACAUUCACGAAAUUUCUCGAGUCCCGGCAGCAAGAAAAGUUGAACGACGAUGAAAUCAAGGCGCUGAUCAAGAGGCACGAGCCGGACCCGGCACUUCGCACACAGUGGUGUUUGUCUUUCGAGGGUUUUGCGCGGUACAUGAUGGACAAGGACAAUUACGCCUUCCCGACCGAGUACGCGACACCGUCCGAGACCGAGAUGCAACAGCCCCUCUCGCAGUAUUACAUCGCCAGUUCCCACAACACGUAUUUAACCGGGCAUCAACUCAAAGGGGAGUCCUCCGUGCAACUGUACUCGCAGGUGCUUUUAACCGGCUGUCGCUGCGUGGAGCUCGAUUGUUGGGACGGUGACGAUGGGACCCCGCUGAUUUAUCACGGUCACACUUUCACUACGAAAAUACCAUUUCGCUCGGUCGUGGAGGCGAUCGAUCGUAGCGCCUUUGUCAUUUCCCCCUAUCCCGUGAUUCUUUCCAUCGAGAAUCACUGUUCGCCGAAUCAGCAAGCUCGCAUGGCUCAAAUAUUUCAGGCUGUUUUUGGCGAGAAAUUGGUAACGAAAUUCCUCUACGAGUCCGACUUCAGCGACGAUCCCCAACUGCCUUCGCCCUCGCAGCUUCGCUACCGGAUCUUGAUAAAAAAUAAGAAGCUAGUGGUCGACCCUGCCGGCCCUCUGUCGCACACGCCCCUUAGUCAUCGUGGGAAGAUGCUCAUGUCAGAUCGCGCAUCCUCCAUGAAGCAAAUGCGGACCGACGUAAGCAGCACGUCCGUCGUCGAAUACUUUAGCGAGGACGAGGACGACGAAGAGGACGACGAUGAGGACGACAACAUCGAUGAUAACUCCAUUUCGAGCUAUGAGAGAUACUUGGGUGGCGGCCAAGUGCCUCACGGUCGUUUGAAAUCGGACCCGGGAGUGGACGACAAAACGCAAAAGCAGAGCAGCCAGAUAGCCAAGGAGCUGUCGGACCUGGUGAUUUAUCUGCAAGCGAUUAAAUUCCGCGGACUAAAUACCGUUCCGGUCGUGCCGGGAAAAAUACGUCAUCAGUCGCACACGGGACCAGUUCAGAGGCACAGCAUCGCCGGUAUAGGACCCAGCAGCAUAGCGUCCUCCUCAGGAUCGCCGCAAUCGCUCUCGACGUCCGCCUCGAUCGCGAGCGGCGGCAGCAACAUCGAUAAUAUCUUUAGAUCCACUCGCGGAAUGCCGGCGUGCUUCCAAUGCUCGUCCCUGAACGAGAACGCGGCGAAAAAGAUCUGUCGAAAGCAGCCGUUAGGCGUGGUCGCCCAUGCAGAGACUCAACUCAUCCGAACGUAUCCCGCGGGGAUGCGCAUUGAUUCCACAAAUUUCAAUCCCGUAAUAUUUUGGGCUUUCGGAAUCCAGAUGGUUGCGUUAAACUAUCAGACCGAUGACGCGGGAUUAAAUCUCAACUCAGCCAUGUUCGAGCAAAAUGGUCAUUGCGGAUACGUUAGGAAGCCCUCGGUGAUGUGGGACAAGGGACACAUGAUGUACAGGCGGUUCAACCCUUGGGACAAAGAGUUCGACGGGCUGCAUUCUGUGCACUUGAGCCUCUCAAUAGUCUCAGGACAAUACGUCUCGGUCACGAACUUCGUCACCAGCACCUACGUCGAGGUCGAGCUGGUCGGCAUACCGAUCGACUGCGCGAAGCACAAGACGAAGGUGAUCCAGAACAAUGCGCUGAAUCCCAUCUGGAACGAGAAGUUUUGCUUCCAAGUGAUGUUCAAGGAUCUCGCCUUCCUGCGCUUCGGUGUUAUCGAGGCAAGCUCCCAUCACGUGAUCGCGCAACGCGUAAUACCGCUCAAGUGUCUACGGCCCGGCUACCGACACGUACGAUUACGAUCCUGCAAGAACAAGCCGCUGGCACUUUCCACGCUCUUUAUCUAUUCCCGCUUGGAGGAGGAGAGCUUAGACUAUAACACCUGCUGCCGCGAUCACAAGGAGUCGUCCAAGCGUCUCUCGUCGAGCAAGGAGCCCGAGAAACUGAGCACCGUCGAUCCCGGGUCUCUGGGUGGCGUCACCCUGAAAAGACGAAUGUUCUUCUUGAUGGUCUACCACGUGAUACCGGACGAACCGUAUACGAUCCUAAAGGUGACCCAGGAGAGUACCACGCAAGAAGUGAUGCUGCAGGCGUUGCAGAGGGCCGGGAUAUCGCCGGAUCACGUAGACGAGUACAUCCUGGUGGAGGAAGUGUCCCGUGGAUGGGAGAAAAGAGAUAAGGAAGAAUUGCCGACUCAACGCGUGCUGGACCCAACAGAACACCCUCUUCAGGCGCAGGCUCUGUGGAAAGGACAGGGUCGCUUUCUGCUGAAGCGAGUAGGCGACGAUCCGAGCAGUAGAGCGUGGCUCGCCUCCAUCAGGAGCACGGCCGGCCACUCGAAGCUCGACUCCAACACGAGGGACCAAUCCACCCACACAUGGGACGAGGCGGACACCUUUCUGGUCUGCAUCUAUAACGUGUCACCGGAGAUCCCUUAUGCGAUUCUACGCGUGCCGAUAAGCAGCUCGGCGCAGGACGUGCUGGCGCAGGCUCUGAUAAAGGCCAGGAGGAUGGAGAACCCGACCAAGUUCGCUCUGGUCGAGGAGCUGGAAUGGGGUGGCGCGGGCGCCGUUGGAAGCGGAAAUCGUCAACUAAGAGUAUUGAGCGACGACGAGAAUGUUUACACCACGCAGGCCUUCUGGAAGACUCUCGGCAGGUUCAUCCUCAGAGAAAGAGAACAGGCUAUACCGAGACGGACCCUGUUGCCCGCCACCCUCGAUCGAAUCAGCAAGGGAUUUUCCGUGGGCAGAUCUGUAUCCCUGCCAGGAUCCAGCAAAGAAAAGGUGCCUGUUUCGGAAGCACUGUCGGACCCUACUUCUCGAGGCCUGAGACAUCGGCUAAUGAUGUCGGGACGUAGACGAGAGGUUCACUCUGACGGGGAAGAUACGCGCGAGUCCGAUUUAUUGAAUGCUACUUUUUAUCUGAAGAAGGUCUCGUUCAAAAAACUGAUGAGCUGGAAGUCAUAGUGGCAGUCAAGGGCGAACUCGAUAUCAUCGAUCUUCGCCGCUCGGAGAAGUCAUCUGUAAGCCCCGUAGUUCAAUUAUCGUCAUCAGAAUUUAGAUCUGAUCUGCGAAACGUUUGUCCUGUGCCGACGAUCCUGUCGAGGUGCGAUCUCGAAUCGAAACAAGAGCUUGAGAGGAUCGAAAAAGGUUCCACUUUGUCGAUAAUUUACAUAAUACAAGUCACUCAGAGAAGCUAAAAUCUGUAAGUCUUUAUAGUCGAAUGACAGACACACGGCACGAGCAGAACAAUUAAAUACCCGUACUAAAGAAGUAUCAGACAGCGUGUUUUUAUCAUUGAUCAUGCGGUGACGUUGCGCGAGAAAAAAAAUACGAUCUUUGCAAUGGGAGUAAGAGUUCGAGUCAGUUUCUUCGGGAAAGAACGGAAUGAUUGUUUCGAUAAACGUGUCUGGAAAACAACGCGACAUUCUUAAACUCGAUUAUCCCCGAUGUUUGAGCGAAGUACGGAACGAGCGAAAUUCGUAGCCGAAAGCAACUGUCGGCGAGUUGAAAUCUCCAAAGAAGACCGGACGAUAUGGAGAUUGUUACGGCGCCAUUUUCAAAGAUUUUUCAAGAGUUUUAAAACGUACAUAGCAUAUCUGAAGUAAUGACGUAGCACAAUCAUUAAGUGGCAAAGCGACGAUUCUCGAAUCCCUUUAAGUUCGCAUAAAAAGCCAGGCAUCAAUACUGGAUUUCGUUACGUGGCAGUAAAUUACGGUCCGUAAUCCGCGUUCGCCAAAGACGCGCUGGCGCGUCGAAGAGA